CUAUCACUCGUGAAGCGCAACGUAAAACAUCGGAUAUCAAAGCUCUAUAAAAAGCAGUCAAUUUUCCCUCUCGGUAUCUAUUUUACACUACCGCGUCAACGGUUAACAUGGGUCGGGUAUAUUUCAUCUUCCCUUGCCUUAUAUCGGUAUUUUGUUUAGGUGCUUCUUGGGAUUACACAGAUACAUCUACCUGGACGUCUGUUGACAGUAAGUGCGGGGGGACAAGUCAGUCCCCCAUUGCUCUGGCGGAGUCAACCAUGACGUCAGCGACCUAUCAAGCCUUUUCUAUCACAGGGGAUGACGUUACGUUAACGGAAACCAUGACGAAUAACGGACAUACAGUUGUGGUCCCGAUCACCCAGACGAUCAAUGUGACGGGUGGAGGACUAACCGGGACAUUUCAGGCCGCCCAGUUACACUUCCACUGGGGCAGCGACUCCACCAAGGGUUCGGAACACACCCUCAACGGCAAUCAAUACCCCAUGGAGCUCCACAUUGUGACAUACAAUACAAAGUACGCGGACCUGGCUACAGCUUUGCCGAACUCUGAUGGUCUGGCAGUUCUUGGUUUCUUCUUCCAGGUCGGCAGUUCGGACAACGCCAACUUCGCUCCAAUUGUUAGCGCUCUUUCGAAUGUCGUAAACAAAGACGCUACCCAUUCAAUCACCGGGUUCAAGUUGAAGGAUUUCAUGACUGUCAACAUGGGGAAGUUUUACCGUUACCAAGGCAGCUUAACCACGCCCACCUGUGACGAAAGCGUCACGUGGACAGUGUUUGCUGAACCUUUGAGCAUGUCUGAAAGCCAGCUUGCAACUUUCCGUACGCUGUAUGAAGAUACUACCACCACCAAACAAAUGGUCAACAACUACCGGCCCCCACUGGCUCUCAACGGGAGGAGCGUCCACUUAUACACCAGCAACACACCGCGCCUCCCUCUUGGAAUUUCCCUGGCAAUCUUCCCUCUGGCAGCUCUGUUUAUCAUUGCUGGUCGAAGAUUGAAUAAUUCAUGUAUAUUCCAUGAAUUUGGUCAAUUCACAAGGGAGGAUUUUUCCAGCAUUUCAAAACUACCUUCCAACUAUUGCAUUGAAACUUUUACAAUCUCGCAGUUCUUGGUUUUGGUUACAACCUCAAAAAUGGCCACUGUUCACUCUCCGCUAGUAAUUCUGAUUCUCGUAGCGAUAUCGAAGUUUUCUGAAGCUUCGGUUAGCUACAGCUACGCAGACACCACUGUAUGGCCCGCCUCGUUCCCCGUGUGUGCUGGGCAGCAGCAAUCCCCCAUAGACCUACUGUCUAGCAUCUCCUCAGAGACAACCCACGAGGCCUUUCAAUUUAUGCACCACACAGACUCCAUUACAGAAAACAUGACCAACACAGGACAUUCCUUAAAGAUUGAUGUUGGUCACAGCGUGACGAUUAGUGGAGGGGGUCUCCAGGUGACCUAUAACAUUGACCAGUUCCAUUUCCACUGGGGUGAAAACUCCAGUAUAGGAUCGGAACACACGAUAGACAGCCAGCACUACCCAUUGGAGCUUCAUGUCGUUGCACACAACAGUUCCUACUCUAGCUUUGACGACGCCAAAAACCACACGGACGGACUAGCUGUGUUCGGUUUUUUCUUUGAGAUACAAGCUGCUAACAAUUCUCAUCUAGACUCAGUCAUGGCCCAUAUUUCCGAUGUACAUAACCUUGACGAUCAUCAUCUAGUGACAUUCAAACUAAAUGACGUAAUAGAUUCCUCUAAGAUGACGUCAUACUUCCGAUAUCAGGGAAGUUUGACCACACCUGAGUGUUUUGAAAGUGUUACAUGGACCGUUUUCGACCACACCAUGGGUGUCUCAGAAUUACAGAUGGAGGAAUUCCGUUCCUUGUAUUCGGACAAUGGAACUACCCAUCUUGUGAACAACUUUCGCCCCGUUCAAGAUCUCCAUGGAAGAACCGUCCACAAGUACAGCUACUCCGCUAGCGGGGCGGCAGGCUCCUAUGUAAAUGUAGAUCUCCGUUUGUCUUGUAUUCUCCUGACUUGCAUGUUCUUUUCCAAGAUCUAUGCAUAAAAACCAAGUAGACCUAGAGCAUAUAGUACCCGUUAUGAUGAGUAGCUAGCACGUAUGAUGAUUUUCCCAGAAUGCAUUGAUUUCUUCUGGAGUAUCUGAUUAGUGUGUCGACUUAAUGACUGACGUCUUUAUCCAAUGCCCGGAUUGGACUACUUACUUGCCUACAUUCUGAAUACUUUCUAUGUUUACACAUCUUAAUCUGUCUCUGGUUUGCAGUGUUUUUCUAUCGCAAACUUUCGCUAAUUUAUAACAAACUAUGUGCAAGGAGUGACGUAGGUCUAAAGAUAUACGUAUGUCUUAGUUGGAUGUAGCAGUACCUUUGAUCCGUGGUCUUGUCUUUGUAACUAAUACUUCCAGUGAAACUUCAGCAAGAUAAUUGCUCGGUAUAUAACCGGCCCCGUUGUAUUCUUCUUUGAGAAGAAGAAUAAAACGAAGUUAAUUGUAUAACUUUUGGAUUUGUAAGUUAUCAAAAAACUGAAAAAAAUACCAAAUUUAUCUAAUUGUUAUUAUUACAUGUAGCUAUUGUAAAAUGCGAGUUCCUGUCUCUUUCACUUAACGAUAUCGUAUUAUAAUAGUAUUAUAUAUUUGUUUUCGUUAUGUUUUAAUUCUUUUUUAUUUUCUUGUAAUUUAAGUUUGUGAAUUGGACAUUAAAUCUAUUUUGAAUAAAUUG